AUGUGGACAUCCCGAGCGCGACAGCCCGUGACGAAGCUCGUCGCCGUCUCUUGUCGCCUUCCCAGAAGAAGUGUUCGACCUGCCGUCAUACCUUGUGGAAGACGCUAUGCUAGCAAUGGCUCCGUUUCUGAACGGUCCGGAUCCUCUUCACAUUGGAUCAAAACUUCUAUAGGUCUUGCAGGAACAGGCGCCGCUGCGUUUCUUGCCUAUUCAUAUAUGACAACGGAUAAAACCCCAGCUGGAAGCCAGACAGACAGAAAGGCCCUAGACCUCUCUCAGGCGACUGAGCAACUAGGCUCCCAAUUUGUUCAACAUAAGAGAAGCUUAAAAAGCCCAGGUGUAUACGUAUGGGGCACGAAUUCCUACCGUGUUGUGGACCCCAAAUUUUCUUAUUUUGACGACCAGGUGCUGAGGGACCUGAAGCUUUCUGACAAAUCCGGCGCUGCAAUUGCUGAAAAUGGAGAUCUAAUCCAAUGGGGUAAGGGCUUUUCAGAGUCAGACUUUAAGCCCGCAAAGACCUUAAUUGGGAAGAAUUUAACUUCCCUAUGCAUGUCUAAUGACCGAAUACUCGCAUUGUCAUCGGAUGGCAAUAUUUAUUCUCUUCCAAUUGCAAAGGAUGAUCAGAGCUCCGGUCGAAAGCCUAAAGAAAGCUCCUGGGUGCCUUUCUGGUUUGGAAAAUCUGAAGUAAGCUACCGGGUGCUCCAGCCAAGCUUAAAACUAGGCGAAAAGGUAACCGCACUCUCUGGUGGGUUGGAGCAUGCCCUUCUAUUGACGAAUUAUGGUCGUGUCUUUUCUGUCGCAUCCUCUACAGAGAGCUAUCCUUCUUUUGGACAACUUGGUAUCCCAGGGCUGACUUGGGCAACCCGCCCCAAGGGGCCAGUCGACAUGUGUCAUGAGGUUGAGGCACUUAAGGGCUCCAAAAUUAUUCAAAUUGCUACGGGAGAUUAUCAUUCACUGGCUCUAAGCAAGGAUGGCAGCUUGUUUACUUUUGGCGACAACUCUUUUGGGCAAUUGGGCGUGGAACUUGACCCCUCGCUGCCUGUUAGUGACUCGCCUAUUCCCAUUCCCAUCAAGAACCUUUACAAAGGUAAUAUCUGGUUUCCAAAGGUAACUGGAAUUGCAGCUGGUGGGGCCAACAGCUUCUUCAUGGUGGAUGCAAAGCGGAUCGUUGGUCCUGGUGAAAAACCCUCGACUGUUCACGAUCUGGACCGCGUUACGGCUGAUACCUGGGCUUGCGGGAGAGGAAUUUGGGGUGCUCUUGGCACAGGUAAAUGGACUCACAUGCAAGACGCUCCCACCAAGGUCAAAGCCUUGAGCGGACUAUUUGAGUACGACGAACGUUCAAAGAAGCUGGCACCUAUUCGAUUGCGCAAGCUGUCCGUCGGGACGACGCACGUUUCAGCAGUAAUGGACAACAACGUUCACGUCGAUUCAUUGCCUCACAAUUCUUUGAACGAUACCUCCAAUUGGGGCUUUGAUGUGCUCAUGUGGGGAGGAAAUGAACAUUAUCAACUUGGCACGGGCAAGAGAAGUAAUCAGUCCAAGCCAACACACAUCAAUGCGCCUCCGGAAGGUAAAGGAGAGAAUGCAGAGCCGGAGGCACGGCUUCAGAUCAUGCCUCGUCACAAGGGCAAGCGUGUGGAGUGCGGAAGACAUAUAUCUGCAAUCUACUCCUCUGCCCAAAAGGAUGCCACGAAACGAAAGCGUGAGGAAGCGCCCGAAGACUCUAUGCCAAAACGGAUGAAGCCCUCGAUCGACGAGUCCAACGAGAUCGGCGAAGGAGCCGACUACAUACCUUUUGAUGAUGAAAAUUAUAAUGGAAACUACGAUAAGGCCCAAGAUGAAGCGCCAGCAGUAGAUAUGCCCUUUUAUGGUCUCCUCGACCCCGAAGAGCAGGAAUAUUUCUCUCGAGCGAAUGAGAUGUUGGAAAUGAACCAAUUUCAGGAUGCAGAGGAGAAGCGACUAUUCGUCGACAGUGUCUACAGAGAAGCCGAUGGGAAGGAAUUGAAAAUCGCUUGCAGUCAGUCAUGCUCACGGCUCAUGGAGAAGUUGAUAUCGAUGUCGGAUAUGCGUCAGAUCCGGAGACUGUUCAGCAAGUUCAUUGGCCACUUUCUGCCCCUUGUGCAGCAUCGCUUUGCUAGUCAUUGCUGCGAGACACUAUUCACCAAUGCUGCGCCCGGUGUAACGCAGAAAAUUUCAAAGUCGAGAAGCGAUAAAAUGGAAGUAGAUGGGGAGGAAGAGGAGCAGGAGCCGGAGCUGUCGCUGGUGGAGAUGUUUAUCAAGGUGGUCGAAGAAUUAGAGGGAAACUGGGGCUUCCUCCUGACAGAACGAUUUGCGUCGCAUACAAUCAGAGUUUUGCUUCUUGUGCUGGCGGGAGAGCCCGUGGACGGUUCGGCGAACGACUCGAUAGUCGCAAGCCGUAAGAAGGAGAGAUUAGGUAUCCUUCAAGGGGAGGCACAAGAUGGAGAUACUUCUGCGAAGAAAAGGAAUGUACCGGAUAUUUUCGGGGCUACUUUGAAGAAGAUCAUGAAAGACAUGGUCUCUGUGCUUGACGACACUUAUUUGAGAGCGCUUGCGACUCAUCCUGUCGGCAAUCCAGUGCUUCAAGUGUUGGUGUCUCUGGAACUCUCUCAUUUUGGAAAGUCGAGCGCCAAGGAUCCUAAUUCUAUAACAAGACGGCUGAUUCCGGAUGAGACCUUUGAGGAGGGUUCUGAGACCACAACAUUUGUUCGUGGGUUACUCUAUGAUCCAGUAGGAUCUCGCUUACUUGAGACAAUUGUGCGCUAUAUGCCCGGAAAGGCAUUCAAGGGUCUUUACAAGAACUUUGUUCGCGAACAAAUCACUUCGCUUGCUCGUAAUAUCACCGCCGGGUAUGUUGUGCUUCGGGUACUAGAGAGACUCGGAAAGGAUGAUCUCCAAGAAGCCUUGGAGCGAAUUAUUCCUCAGAUUCCCAGCCUGCUCGAACGGUCCAGAAUGAUCAUCCCCAAAGUGCUGGUCGAGCGCUGCUUGAUCCGUGGAGUUAACACGGCACCCCUCGCUCCAGCUCUGGAAGGUGCUUACGACAAAGACCCUGCCAAAAGGCUAUAUCAAAUUCUGCGGCUUGAGGGCACAGUCCAGGAAGAAGCUGAGAAAUCGAAGCAAAAACCGAAGGACGCUGAUGCUGCUUCCAGCCAAGCAUCAACGGGAGAAAAACUGCAUGGUUCGCUACUUGCACAGACAAUGCUCACAGCCCCUGGGCCGGUAAGCGGUCUGAUUUACUCGAGUCUGCUAGCACAAUCAUCGGAGUCGCUCCUAAAGCUCUCUAAGGAUCCCACUGCAUCUCGUGUCCUACAGCAGGCUCUCACGCUUCCGACAUCUACCCCUCAAUUCCGUCGACAGUUUGCUCCCCGCUUUACUAGUCAUCUACAGGAGCUUGCCCUGGACAGCAGUGGCUCUCACGUGGUCGAUGCACUCUGGCCCGCCACCAAGGACAUCUUUUUCAUCAAGGAGCGAAUGGCGCAGGAACUGGCACAGAAUGAGAUGACGCUUCGAGACUCUUUCGUCGGUCGCGCUGUCUGGAGGAAUUGGGCAAUGGAUCUCUACAAGCGACGACGGGGUGAGUGGGCUGGAAAAGCCAAAGGUAUGGAUGACAUCAAUGGCUCUGGAGAACGGCCCAAGUCCAAGAUCGAGCUGGCUCGGGCUAAGUUUGCUGCCAAGGCAGAGGAGGAAGCAAAGAAAGUGCUUCUCAAUGCGGUCCGAGACAUCCUAAUUCCCUUCAUCCAAUCUGCAGAUGAGGAUCCCCUAGGCCAAAAAGCACUGGAAAACGGUAUCAAUGGAACGAACGGCGCUCGUAGCGACCUCAAACAAUCGGGUACAUCAUUAGUGGACCACAAGAAACCAGAAGAGUUGCAAAAUAUACUCCAAUUGGAUCUUCCGGAGCAAGGGACCGGUCAGGACGGCCUGAUCGAGGUGCUGCACAAGGUCUUGCAGUACUCCGUCAACACUUGGCACCAGGGCUUCCUUGACAAGUUGUACGCAUCGACCAAUGCCCCAGGUGUGGCUUCUGAACUUAUUUUGGCCGCUUUGAACACGAAUGUCCACGUCUACCAAGUCUCGCCCGCUUUGACUGUCAUUGAGAAAUUCACCGGGAAACAGCUCGCUUCGCUUUUUGGGCUCAAUGGCUCACGUGCGGGAGGAAUAUCGGUACAGGGUGGUUCUGCAUCGAAUACCACAUCAAUCGUCAUUGCACGCAAUAAUCUUUUCCCUACUACCAAGACAGACGGAAACGGCGAUUACCGAUUCGUGCUUUUUACCAGCGCUCACGGCCAUUACAGCAUUGAGAAGGCAGCGCAGAUGCUAGGUCUCGGGAGUAGCUCGGUUUGGUCUGUGCCUGUCGACAAGCAAGGACGCAUGAUUCACACAGAACUGGAAAAUCUAGUUCAAAAGGCGCUGAAGGAGAACCGUACCCCAUUCUACGUCAACGCGACAGCAGGAACAACUGUCAUGGGAUCUUUUGACCCGUUCGACGAAAUCGCCGCCAUCUGCAAGAAGUACAACCUAUGGUUCCAUGUUGACGGCUCCUGGGGUGGCUCGUUUGCUUUCUCCAAGCGUCAACGGCAGAAACUCGCCGGUGCAGAAAAGGCAGACAGUAUCGCUAUUAAUCCCCACAAAAUGCUCGGCGUGCCAGUGACCUGUUCGUUCCUUCUCGCAGCUGACUUGCGUCGCUUCCACCGUGCAAACACCCUUCCUGCUGGCUACCUGUUCCACAACGAAGACACAGAGCUCCCAGAAGCCGACAGCGAUAACGGCGCAGUUGAGUCUGAACUCGCCGUCGAUUCGCCCGAAGUAUGGGACCUGGCUGACCUGACACUCCAAUGCGGUCGACGCGCCGAUUCUCUCAAGCUCUUCCUCGGCUGGACUUAUUACGGAACAGCCGGGUACGAGAAACAGAUCGACGCUGCCUGUGACAUCGCCGCGUAUCUCGCGUCUCUUGUCGCCGAGAACCCGAACUUCAUCCUUGUCAGUGAGACCCCGCCUCCCUGUUUGCAAGUGUGCUUCUACUAUGCACCGGGCGGACAACUUCUCCAUCCUCGGGGCAUCGUCUCGGAUGAAGCCGAGCGCGGCAAUGCAAACAGCAAGGUCACCGAGCAGAUAACACAUGCGAUUGUGCACAAGGGCUUCAUGGUAGAUUUUGCACCACCCAGUGGCGAUGAGGAUGCUAUCGGGAACGGGAAGUUCUUCCGCUGUGUGGUUAAUGUGCAAACCGCCAAAGAGACCGUCGAGGGACUUGUCCAGGCAAUUGAAGAGGUUGGCCCAGGUAUUCUUGGGAAUAUGAAGGUGCAGAAUGCUCCGAGGAGUUUCAAUAGGCCAGGAGAAAGAGGCCACGGCCCAGUUGUUCAUCACCCUUGA